GCGACAUACGAAAAUAUAGUGGAACGCGUUCGACCCCAACGCAAUCUCGCGCUUACGCACAUCGUUCCCAACAAAAGACAGGAGGAGGAGUGGCUGCGCAUUUCCUUCCUGUGCUUGCCGCUCGACCUGGCCAGCUGCCUGCUCUUCUUUGACAACGCCAACCAAGCUCACCAACGCAGAUAACAGAGCAGACACCCCUCUUCAUGUCAACGACCGGACACUCAAAGAUGACCAUGAACGUGAGUGAAAUGUCUGAGGCGAUUCGCCGCCUGAGUGACGACACGUCUGCCACCGACCGCCUCAGCAGCAUCUUGAACAACGUCGUCUCAAAAGAGGACUUCAACGAGGCUGCGAUACAGGAGUUGGUGGGCAUCAUCCUGGAGCACAGGCGCGUAAAGGGGUCCACCAACAACAAGUGCGUGCGCUCGCUGUGCUACGCGUCACGCGACCACACAGAGCGGCUGGUGCUGCUGUCGCCGCUGCUGACGCGCCUCAUCACCUUGGACGAGCGCAACCAGAAGCGCAACGGGUCCAUGUUCCUGCGCGGCCAACGCAAUUUCCUCGCGUGCCUGGAGCGCCUGUAUGCCCGCGAAUCCUUCUCCGGCGACAAGGCGCAGUGUCUCACCCAGCUGCUCUAUACACAGCUGCAAGCAGGCGGCCUGGAGGGCGAGGUUGUGCUAAACUGGAUCAAGCGACAGCAACCCUUGACAGAUAUCCCGCAGACGGCGUUUGCUGCGCUGAGGCAACAGCUGCUGCCGUUCCAGGACUGGCUUUCAUCGUCGCUCGAGACGGACGACGAGGAUGCCACAGCAGACCACUGAUGAUGAUGAUGAUGAUGAUGACGAUGAUGAUGACGAUGAUGAUGACGAUGACCAGUGUGCUUGGUUGCAUCAUUCCUGCCAUCAUGCCAUCACUGCUUCCUCCAACACAACACAUGUGUUACAGCCCCUGCGGCGGUAACAGCAACAGAAAGACACCAUGUACUGCCUUGCUUUCCCCCCAUAUCCUGGCCCACCCACAAGUCAGGGACAAACGCCCCCCUUUCCCAUCACCGUCCCCACCUGUUCUCAUCUGUUCUAAUGUGCAUGCUGCGAUGUGCACCUUGCUUUUAUUCUUGCAGCAGUGCAGCUUGUUGCAUACUCUUGCUUAAUCGCCUCAUUUUCCACCCACAUGUGUGUGUGCGUGUGUGUAUUGUGUCGUUUCUGGUGCGGGCUGGUUCCCGCCCGUGUGUUCGUUCACUCAUUGAUUGCCUUGCCCACAUCUUCACUGCCCUUUCCCCAUCACGCGUGCUCGUGCACAGCGUGUUCGUAUUUGAUUUGGCAGUAAAACCCAUUCACUCA